CCGGCUCCCCAAACCGCUCAGGGUCCUGUGGACGGCUCAUCCCCAGCUGUGAUGGCUGCAGGCCCUCGGAACUCUGUGCUCCUGGCGUUUGCCCUGCUCUGCCUGCCCUGGCCCCAGGAGGUGGGCGCCUUCCCAGCCAUGCCCUUGUCCAGUCUGUUUGCCAACGCCGUGCUCCGGGCCCAGCACCUGCACCAGCUGGCCGCCGACACCUACAAAGAGUUUGAGCGGGCGUACAUCCCGGAGGGACAGAGGUAUUCCAUCCAGAACGCGCAGGCUGCCUUCUGCUUCUCGGAGACCAUCCCGGCUCCCACGGGCAAGGACGAGGCCCAGCAGAGAUCCGACGUAGAGCUGCUCCGCUUCUCCCUGUUGCUCAUCCAGUCGUGGCUCGGGCCCGUGCAAUUCCUCAGCAGGGUCUUCACCAACAGCCUGGUGUUCGGCACCUCGGACCGGGUCUACGAGAAGCUCAAGGACCUGGAGGAAGGCAUCCAAGCCCUGAUGCGGGAGCUGGAAGAUGGCAGCCCCCGGGCCGGGCAGAUCCUGAAGCAAACCUACGACAAGUUUGACACAAACUUGCGCAGUGACGACGCGCUGCUCAAGAACUAUGGGCUCCUGUCCUGCUUCAAGAAGGACCUGCACAAGGCUGAGACGUACCUGCGGGUCAUGAAGUGUCGCCGCUUCGUGGAAAGCAGCUGUGCCUUCUAGUUGUGGGGCAUCUCGGUUGCCCCCUCCCCAGCGCCUCCCCUGACCCUGGAAAGUGCCCCCCCGCUGCUCACUGUGCUUUCCUAAUAAAAUUAGUUGCAUC